CGGGCUCCCCUCGCCCCCUCGCCCAUCCACCCGCCCCAAACCGUUUGCCACCCAGCCCUGGCACAGCACCCAGUCCGACACUCAGGAUCCACUGAGGGGGGAGGGCACUCCCCUGCCCCCGCCUGGGUUCUCGCUGGCCGGGCCCUGAUGGGCAGGUCGGCCCGCCCCCGCGGUGCCCUGCCCGGACACAAAAAGCCGGCCCGGCCACUCCGGAGGCACCUGUGCGGGCGCCAUGAAGGGGAGCAGCACCCUCCUGCUGGCGGCCGCCGCCCUGCUCUGCACCUGCGGGCUGGCCUUGGAGGAGGAGGACACCGCGUUCUUCAUGGACUUCCUGCAAACGCUGCUGGUGGGGGACCCGGAGGAGCUCUACUCGGGGCCCCUGAGCAAGUACGACGUGAACCCGGCCUGCAGGGAGGCGCUGACCGAGCUCAAGUCCUGCAUAGACAACCUGCAGCCCGCGCACAAGGCGGAGCUCAUCAAGCUGCUGGUGGCUGUGCUGGGCUGAGGACGGCGCCUCGGGACCCGACAUGGCCAUGAGCAGCCCCGGGACCAGCUACAUGAGCAGCUGUGGCCACGCCACCCACUGCCACUUCCCAGAGUGAUUUUAUCUGCCCCCCCCCCCCCCCGCCUCAAUC